AUGUCGGCUGAAAAGGAAUUACAUUUUCGUCAUGCUUGUAAAAUAGUAUUAAAAUUAGUAACUGAACAUAUCAUAUCAGAUUUAGAAAAAAAAAGUAAAAAAAAGAAUAGGUCAGUCUGGGUAAGGAAGUGGAUUGCUAGAAGACAACAUUUUGGAGCAUCCGAUAUACUUUUAAAAGAACUUGCGUUAGAAGAUCCAAAUUCAUUCAAAAAUCAUUUAAGAAUGUCAUCAGACCUUUUUGAAACCCUACUGCAGCAUGUUACACCAUCAAUAGAAAAACAAAACACAACAAUGAGAGACGCAUUACCAGCUAGAUUAAAACUCCAAAUUACAUUAAGAUAUUUAGCAUCCGGAGACUCAUUUGCUUCAUUGCAAUACUUAUACAGAGUAUCGAAGUGUACGAUUUCAAAAUUUCUACCUGAAGUGUGUGAUUCUAUUUACAGUGUGCUUGAAAAUUACAUAAAAGUUCCAAAUACCCAAGAAGAGUGGGAUGAUAUAAAAAAAGGAUUUUCAAAUAGAUGGAAUUUUCCGGGCUGUGGUGGAGCCCUGGAUGGCAAACAUGUGGUUUUAAGAGCCCCGUUUCAUUCAGGAUCGAACUUUUACAAUUAUAAAGGCUCAUUUAGCAUUAUUUUGUUUGCACUUGUCGAUGAUCAAUAUUGUUUCAAAUAUAUAGAUGUUGAAUCUAAUGGAAGGGCAUCUGAAGGGGGUGUUUUUUUCAAAAUCUAG